AUGCAGUCCGACAAUGAGGUACACAGUGGCUCAAAGCCAGACCAUUCUGACACGAAGCUCGAAGACUCUUCCAACGACUCGAAUAGCGACUAUGAGCUGCACUCUGACCCCAAUGCUCGUUCCACCAGAUCCUUUUCAAGUGCUGGGGACUACGAGGCCAUUGUGGCAGCCGAUCGUGCUGAGCUCACACGGGUUGCAAGUGAAGUGAAGCGAGGGGAUAUCCAUGAUCCAACAUUAGAUCCUUUUGAUCCAGCUUUCGACGUGUACAGAUGGGCGAGAAUGGUCCUCCGCGCCGCCGAAGGAGCCAACGUCAAGUUCCGACGUGCCUCGAUCACUUUCAAGAACUUGAGCGUUUCUGGUUCUGGUAUCGCCAUGAACCUCCAACCGACCGUCGCAUCAUAUCUCCUGGCUCCAUUGCGCCUUCGAGAAUGGAUUCGGCUGGCAAAGAAACCCCAACGAAAUAUUCUCAAGGGUUUUGACGGCCAUGUAAACCCAGGAGAAAUGCUGUUGGUUCUGGGUCGACCUGGAAGCGGUUGCUCAACGCUUCUGAAGACAUUGGCCGGAGAACUUUAUGGGUUGAAGGUGGGAGAAGGCUCUGACAUACAUUAUAGCGGAAUUCCUCAACGUGAGAUGAUCAAAAAUUUUCGAGGGGAAAUAGCGUAUAACGCAGAGAUCGAAAGACACUUUCCACACCUGACUGUCAAGCAGACGCUAGAGUUUUCCGCGGCCAUGCGUACACCCCCGAAUCCAGUGCUAGGGGAGUCCCGGGCGGAGCACGUCAAGCGUAUGGCGGCGGUCGCAAUGGCAGUCUGUGGUUUGACCCACGCUCAGAAUACUAGAGUUGGUAAUGAAUAUGUUCGAGGGGCAUCAGGAGGAGAAAGAAAGCGAGUUAGCAUUGCCGAGAUGAUACUGGCUUUCUCCCCUGUUGGAUGCUGGGACAAUAGCACCCGGGGACUCGAUUCUUCGUCCGCGCUCUCCUUUGUGCGAACUCUCCGGCUUUCUGCUGAUUUGGCAGGAUCUGCUCAUGCGGUUGCUGCCUACCAAGCUUCUCAAUCUAUGUACGACACAUUCGAUAAAGUCGUAGUCUUGUACGAGGGCAGGGAAAUCUUUUUUGGUCCUGUCAAUGCUGCAAAGGAGUACUUUGUGAACAUGGGCUAUCUUUGUCCCUCUCGGCAAACGACACCAGAUUUCCUAACCUCGGUCAGCAAUCCACAAGAGAGAAAAGCGCGCCCGGGAUACGAAGAAAAGGUCCCGCGGACAGCGGCGGAAUUCGAAAGUUACUGGCAGAAGUCCGAACUCCGCAAGAUGCUUCUACAAGAAAUCGCAACCCACGAAGACAAGGUUCUAGAUACUGAUGCUGUUCAUGAAUUCAAGGUCGCUCGUCGAGCAGUGCAAUCCCACCGUGUUCCACCGAGCUCUCCUUACACGGUGUCAAUCCUGUCACAGAUCAGUAUCUGUACCAAGCGUGGCUUCCAGCGUCUUUGGAAUGAAAAGGUGAUCCGACUCACUCUGAUCAUAGGGCAAGGCAGCAUAGCACUGAUCAUUGGCUCUGCAUUUUACGGUAUGGUACAAGACACAAACAGCUUUUUCGCCAAAAGCUCAAUCAUCUUCAAUGCGGUUCUACUUAAUGCCUUGGUUGCCAUUACGGAAAUCAAUCGGUUGUACGAUCAAAGGCCGAUUGUUGAAAAACAAGUCUCCUAUGCCUUUUAUCACCCAUUUGCAGAGGCGAUAGCAACGGUGAUAGCAGAUCUCCCAGUCCAAAUACUGACCGCGGUAAUCUUCAACAUUACUCUCUACUUCCUGGGCGGUCUCAGGAGGGAAGCCGCCCAAUUCUUCAUUUUCUUCCUUUUCGCAUUCUUGACCAGACUAUCCAUGACGGGCCUCUUCAGGUCCAUUGGCGCAGCGACCAAAACAAUCUCUCAAGCUCUAGCGAUAGCCGCAGUGUUGAUGCUCGCGAUCGUGAUAUAUACAGGUUUCACCAUUCCUCGACCAAACAUGCACCCGUGGUUAAAAUGGUGCUCCUGGAUCAACCCCGUGGCUUUUUCAUUUGAAGGUAUGCUGGUCAAUGAGUUCCAUGGCAGACAAUUUCCCUGUGGCAGCUAUAUCCCGGCGUACGCGCAACGCGUCGGAGACACGUUCAUCUGCUCCGUUCCAGGGUCUGUUGUUGGCCAAUCUUUUGUGUCUGGAGACGCCUACUUAGAGUCCUCCUUUAAAUACAGCUACGACCAUAUAUGGCGAAAUCUCGGGAUACUGGUUGGAUUCCUUGGAUUCUUCAUGUUUACCUACCUGGGAGUUACCGAAAUCAACUCGAAGCCUACUAGCAAGGGAGAAGUCUUACUCUUCCGUCGCGGUCAUGUACCUGCAUAUAUCGAGGAAGGCCUCAGGAAAUCAGACAAGGAGUCAUCCGGUGCUGGGAUUCCAGUAUUGGAAAAGGACACUAUGGAAGAAAGAGAGGUGCAAGCAAUUCAGCCGCAGACGGCCGUCUUCACGUGGCGCAAUGUCAAUUACGAUAUUCCGGUCAAGGAAGGCACCCGGAGGUUACUUGACCAGGUUUCCGGCUGGGUCAAACCGGGGACACUGACUGCGCUGAUGGGCGUCUCCGGUGCGGGCAAAACAACCCUCCUUGAUGUUUUGGCUCAGCGUACAUCUAUUGGAGUUAUUACUGGCGACAUAUUUGUUGACGGCAAGGCAUUGGAUGCAAGUUUUCAAAGGAAAACAGGUUACGUACAACAGCAAGACCUUCACUUGGAAACUUCGACGGUUCGGGAGGCCUUACGGUUCAGUGCCGUUCUUCGCCAGCCACAGUCGGUCUCUCGAAAGGAGAAGUACAACUACGUUGAAGAAGUGAUCAAGAUGCUCAACAUGGAAGACUUUGCCGAGGCAGUUGUAGGUGUGUUGGGUGAAGGCCUGAACGUCGAACAGCGAAAACUCCUGACGAUUGGGGUUGAGCUCGCUGCGAAGCCUUCGCUGCUGUUCUUUUUGGAUGAGCCUACGAGCGGCCUCGAUUCUCAAUCAAGCUGGUCGAUCCUUCGCUUCCUACGCAAACUGGCAGACCAUGGGCAAGCAGUACUGUCAACGAUCCAUCAACCUAGUGCAAUGCUGUUCCAGGAAUUUGAUCGACUGCUUUUUCUCACCACCGGCGGCCGGCCCGUAUACUUUGGCGAAAUCGGCUCCAACUCAGAGACUCUGGUCAACUACUUUGAAAAGCACGGAGCCAGACAUUGCACUGAAUCUGAAAAUGUGGCCGAGUAUAUCCUGGAGGUCGUGGGUCCCGAAGCCGCUGCUGCUCAAGGAAACCUUGACUGGGUCGACAUAUGGAGAUCUAGCGACGAGAAUAAGGCCAUACUCGAAGAACUAGAGCGAAUCAAUGCCGAGAGGAGCCAAGCCACUGCCAACCAAACUUUGAGCAAAGAAGACAACAGCCAAUUCGCCAUGCCGGUCGCUACCCAAACCUAUUACAACACAGUCCGGGCGUUCCAACAGUACUGGAGAACACCAGGUUAUAUCUGGCACAAAUUGGCAUUAGGCAUUACGUCUGCCCUAUUCAUCGGAUUCUCAUUCUGGCAGUCCGACAGCUCGCAACAAGGCUUGCAGAAUGUCUUGUUUAGCGUCUUCAUGCUUACAGCCAUAUUUACUGCUUUAAUACAGCAGAUCAUUCCUCGUUUCGUCAUUCAACGAUCUCUCUACGAGGUGCGCGAACGUCCAUCCAAGACGUAUUCAUUUGUCGCUUUCCUCCUGGCCAAUAUUCUAGUCGAGAUCCCGUACCAGGCUCUUCUCGGCAUUAUGGCCUAUGCCUCAUACUUUUAUUCAGUCUUUGGCAUCCAAUCAUCCCAACGACAAGGUCUAGUCAUGCUAUUCUGUGUCCAAUUUUUCGUCUACGCGAGCUCCUUUUCCCAAAUGGUCAUCGCAGCGCUCCCGGACGCCGAGACCGCCGGCAUCAUCGCCACGCUGAUGUUCGCAAUGUGCGUCAUCUUCAACGGCGUCCUCCAACCGCCAAACGCCCUCCCGGGGUUCUGGAAGUUCAUGUACCGCGUCAGCCCCUUCACCUACAUCAUCGACGGCAUCGUCGGCACGGCGAUGCACGGCCGCAGAGUCGUGUGCGCCAAGAACGAAAUGAGCAUCUUCAACCCCCCUCCCAACAUGACGUGCGGCGAGUACCUCCAGCCCUACCUGCAGCUGGCCCCCGGCACGCUUUCCAACCCUUCGGCCACGAGCGACUGCGCGUACUGCCAGCUGACCGUGGCCGACCAGUACCUCAGCCCCCGCGGCAUCUCGUGGUCGCUGCGCUGGCGCAACUUCGGCCUCAUCUGGGCGUACAUUGCGUUCGACCUCUUCAUGAUCCCCGUGCUGUAUUACACGUUCCGCAUGAAGAAAUGGGGCGGCAAAGUCGGCGCCGUGGGAGGGAAACCGCACAAGCGUAACCUGUUGUUCGGAUGGAUCAAGACGGCAGGGAAGCGGUGUCACACGCUCGUGACAGGACGGAGGGAGAAGUUGCCUUUUCACAAACGAGCUGAGAAUGCUAGGUUUGUGUAG